CUGUGACUUCCGUGUUGUUAACAAGGUUUAGCCAGCAGACUGAAGGCCCCGUUGAUUAAAGGUACAGUUUUUAAAUAUAGAAACCAACCCAAGGGAUUAAUACGGCAGCCUGAAACCUUCCCAACCCAGCAGUGAGAUUUUGAGAUUACACGCAGGUCACACUGGAUGGGCCAGCUGGUAACAGUCGGGGCCAGCUGUUAACAUCCUUUGGGCCUGUACGUGUAACAUCAGUUCACAAUGGCCAGUCACUUCCGUAGCUACAUCUGGGACCCGGUCCUCAUUGUGAGUCAGAUUGUGUUGAUGCAGUGCAUCUACUACAGCUUCUUGGGCCUGUGGUUGGCUGGAGUGGACAGUCUAGUGCAAAGCAGUCGGUCACUGGAUCAGAUCUUCAGCUAUGAAGCCCUUGGCUUUGCAACGAUGCAGGGUCGGCUCUCAAUGAUGGCGUUCAUCUUGAACUCCCUUACCAGCGCCCUCGGUCUGUGGUUCUUCAUCCGUCGAGGGAAACAGUGCCUGGACUUCACAGUCACUGUGCACUUCUUCCAUAUGAUCGGCUGCUGGAUCUAUAAUUCACAUUUUCCAGCCGCCCUGUCCUGGUGGCUUGUCAAUGUAGCCUGCAUGGCACUGAUGGCUGUAAUUGGAGAGUACUUGUGCAUGCGGACUGAGCUCAGGGCUAUCCCAGUCAAUAGUGGACCGAAAUCUAACCUGUGAAAUUGUGUUGACACCACACUGAAAGUCUGUGGACGGUUAACCCCUGAGGAACUGGCUCAGAGGGGGUUUUUCACUGCUCUGCAAAAGAAAUGGUGUAUGAACCUCUGUCAGUGUAGACGUUGGAUUGUCACCCAUCUCCUCUUCAAGUGAUUCACCAGAAGAACUGAUCUAUUUAUUCACAACUGUCCAAGAAAUGUUGGACAGUAUUAACUCUGUAGCAUACUAAGAUAUGUGUUUUAAUGCUGUUGAAAGCAGACAUCAGUUUACACAUUUCUCUGAACCUAAUGACUAUAGAUUUGAUUUUUUUCUUAGUAAAUACAUUUUUUGUGUUCAUUUUAAGCACAAUUGCAUGAGCAUCCCAUUCCCUCAAUUUGAGAUUUACACGAUUUCUUCUUAUUUGUUAUUUUUGCUUAUGUACACGUCUUCGCACACAGGAAAUGACAAAUUGAAACUUCAGAGCAAAUACAAACUGUCUUAAAACAGCAGCAAGAGAGCAACACAUGUCAACAGCAGACUUUUCCCUUCUCUUUGUGUUUGUAUAAUGAGCUUGGCAAACAAACACGACCAUCAUGUUACAAGAUGUUUUGGUUUUAAAAUGAAAAUGUUCCAGUUACAUUUCAGUUUAAUGUGCAAGGUUACCUAUCACAGCUUUUAUUAGAGCUGCGUCUAAAAGUUAAACGUUGGGUAACAAGCUCAGUGUGCAAACAGGUAUACUGAUAUACGAUAGUCAAUCAUUGUGUGAAGCCAAGAGUUCCCUGAUUUAUAAUCUCAACACAUAAUGGGUCAGAAGUAUAAAAUCAGGCUUAUUGUUUUAUCUCUCCGGGUAAGGUUUGUACAUUCAGUGUCGUAAUUCUCAUUUUAGACCUUCCUUGUCAAGCUUGUACAGCAUUUUGCACAGCUAGUGUCGUUUGUUUCCGUCUCUUUAUGUCAUGAUGUAUUAUGCAGUCGAUGUGGCCUCUUUGGGGACAGUUUGUCAACCACCAGCUGUGUUCUGACAGCAGGCGGUGUCCCUGAAAACACUAUUACUGAUUGUGGGGCCAUGGCUUGAAAAGUACUGAAAUGUGUAGCUCUGAUGGUUUCUGGAACAAUAUCAACUUUAACAUUUAAUGAUGGUUUUUAAAACCCUGUCUGCAUUAUAAUUAUUAUUAGAUAAGUACAGGUCCUGUAACACAUACACAUCUUUUUAUUCUGUGUGGUGACUGUCAGAUCAAACCUUUGCAGCUUUGAUAGUGUGGACUAUGCAGUGUCUUGUUUUGAAAUCAGGUAGUAUAAGAACAUCAGUAUGCUGCAGGGGUUGAUAUUUAAAGGUUGUACAAUAGUUUGACAUUUUGGGGAAUACACAUAUUCACUUUCUCGCUGAGAGUUAGAUGAGAAGAUCAGUACUACCUUUGUGUCUGUCCAUGAAAUAUGAAGCUACAGCCAGCAGGUUGUUUGCUCAGCUUAGACUGGAAACUUGGAAAAAGUAAUAUUCCUGCACCUCUUAGGCCCGCUUAUGAAAAUGUUAUAUCUUAUUUGAUUAAAACCAAAGUAUAAAAAUGACAAGCUGUACUUUUUACAGGGGAUAUGUGCAGAACUAUAUCUUGGCCAGGUGCAGUGUCUUCCUGGAGUCUCCUGGACACUGAUUUGUUUGUACGGACUGAAUAAAUGAGACAUAACGUGUUCAUUAAUGAGCUGAAGAGGAGCCAAGCUAUCUGUUUCUCCCUGUUCCCAGUCUUCAUGCUAAGCUAAGCUAACCGGCUGCUGGUGGUAGCUUCAUAUGUAUUGCACGUAAGAGUGAUAUCAAUCCUCUCAUCUAACCCUCGACUAUUAAAUACUAUUAAGAGUACUCAGCCAGCGUCACCCUGUUAUUUGAUCAUUUUUUAACAAAGGCUGCUCUGAAGGUUUUCACAUGCAAUGCUACUCUUUGUAUUCUUUGCCAUAAACGUUCCUUUUUAUAAUGUAUUUAAAUUCAGAGAACUCGAGAGAUGGACCUAUUCAUGUAAAUCAAUUUGCUGACUUGUUUCUAGUGCAGGAACAUAACGGACAAGGUGUACAUAUUUUUCUUUUUCCUCCUCUGUGAAGAUUUAAAUAUAGGGUGUUGGCACCAGCAUCAAGCAGCUAUCGUACAGUGUAAGUACUUUGUGCAUAUGCUGUUAAAUAAAAUACUACCAGUUCAUAUGGAUCGGGAAAAAAGUGUAAAACUGCAGGUGAAAAAAUAAUUGGCCAUUAUGCUUCAGACGUCAAAGAUAAGUCUUCUAAUGAUGAGCGCGCGUCUUUGGAUCUCUGAUAGUUUUCCACCCCGGGCCCCCGACCCUUCAUUUUCUCCCUCAGCUGCGGAAGUGUCCAGGUGGAAGGAAGCAGAUGGGAGAGUGCUAACGAGUUGAAAGAGGCUGGUUGUGAUCCUCAUUACCAACGCUUUGCUUCAGGGAGGGCUAAAAACAGAAACUACUGUAGUAAAUGAGUCGUACAACAGAGGACUUACUGGAUCGAUUAAAUGUUCCACUAUUUUA